AUGGAGGCUGCAGGCGUUGCCCUAGCAAUUCUCCCGCUGGUCAUCAACCAGCUUGAUAACUAUGUCCAGGGUCUUGAGACUAUCAAGAGCUUCGGAGCCAAGCGCUACCGUAGGGAACUUGAAAGCUAUUCAUCAAGCCUUGGAACCCAGCAAGCCAUCUUCGUCAAUACUCUGGAGCGAGCCCUCGAUGGAGUGGUUGAAUACGAAGACGGGCUGGAGGAACUGAGGAACAACCCUCUCGGGAAUUUGUGGAAAAGACAGAGUCUGCAAACGAGUCUUCAUGAAAAGCUAGGAAGAGACUUCUACCCUUUCAACCAGAUGAUGAUAGAGAUUGCGACUCUGUUGGAGGAAUUGUCACGAAAAUUAGGAUUGGACAAGAAUGUUUCGCUGGUGAGUAUAGUUCAAUAUCCCGCGGCCCGCUCCCGAGGUCUAGGGCUAACCAGAACCUCGAUCAUACUACAGAACAAUCGGGUCGACCAGUCCGCUAUAAAGAAAGAAAUCAAGAAGUUCAAAGACAUUUUCUCGAAAAGCGUCUACCUCGAUCUCUUCGCUCGUAUCGACGCAGCCAAUAAAGUCCUGAAUACCUUGGUAGAGCAGUCCGAUUAUCGAAGCACAAUACAGAAACAGAGAAUAUCAAAAAGACCCCUAUUGCGCCAGAAAAGGGCCCAAAAAUCAGCCCGCAGUCUGCACAAUGCAAUGUUACGGAGCAGGUAUUGGAAAUGUGCCUGUAUGGAUCAACAUUCAAUCCAUUUUGUUCUUAGUUAUCCACCAGAGGACAUAAAUGAUGGGUCUAAAGAGUCCUCUCAUGGGCCUCGAUUCCGAAUGAUUUUCCCUUCCAACAGCUCUAUAGAUCUUGCAAAGGGAUGGUGCGAGAUUGAAGCCAAAUCGGAUAUCAUUCAAUCGAGCGUGGAUACUUUGAACCGAUCCCCACCCGAGGGCGAUCAAGACAAAGUUCCCUUCGCUAAAAAGAAGGCCAAAGUGCAAUUUGCGUUCGAUACAUCAUCUGAAGAUAAAUCACCUCUGAUGUCUGAUAUGUCUUCGGUGCCUCCGAUUGUAGACAUUUGCUCGACGCUGUCUACCGUGGGGACCAGCGGCGAGAAAAAUGCACCUAUUGGGUUUAUAUCCGACGAAAACCACCGCCACAAUAUGUAUUAUGUACGAAAGCUCGCUGGGAACCUGAGAUCACAAUCGCUCGCUGAGCUUAUCGCGGCUUCAAGUGAUAUCUUCAAGGCGCCUAUUGGCGGCAGCUUUCUUUUCACACGGGGCCAUCGUCUUCGUGUUGCGGUUAAUCUCGCCUGCAGCGUGCUUCAAUUUCACGGAAGCUGGCUGAAAACACAGUGGAGAUCACGCGAUAUCAUGUUUACCAAGACUUCGUCUGGGGAUAUCGAUAAGCCAUACGUUCUUUGGAACGUCGGCAGUGAGUUGGAUGCCUGGACCCUGUGCAGAGACAAGCCAACAUUCUCGCUCAUUCAAAGCGAGGUUCUGUUUCCCCUGGGCCUAGUCCUCGUCGAACUUUCUUUAUGCCAGACACUAGAGGCACUACGUAUGCCGGAGGAUGACGAUCCGGUGGAGGCAUAUGUGAAUCUAAAGACUGCAACCCGCCUCUUGCAGGUGGUGGUGGAGCAAAGUGGUGCAGAAUAUGAAAAGGUAGCGAGGCGAUGUCUCCUUUGGCCUGGCACCAAAGACUCUACACUGGAAAAUGAACAGAUGCAAGAUGAGAUAUUUCAACUUAUCAUCUUGCCAUUAGUCGAAAAUCUGAGGAGUUUCGAGGGUAGGGGUUGA